AUGGCCGCCGAACUCGUCCAGCUGCAGCCCGGCACCCAGGUCGAACGCUGGAAGAUCGAAAAGAAGCUCGGAGAGGGAGGCUUCGGCGCCGUUUACAAGGUCUCCGAUCCCACCGGAAUGUACGCCCUGAAGGUCGAGGGCGCCAACGAGCAGAUUCAGGUGCUGAAAAUGGAGGUGUUCGUGCUGGCCGAGCUGGGCAAGCGGGGUGGACGUCAUUUCUGCAAGAUUGAAGACAAGGGCCGUUACGGAACAUUCAACUACGUCGUGAUGACGCUCGUCGGAAAGUCGCUGCAAGACUUGAGGAAGGAAGGCCCGGGCGGGCACAUGUCGAUGGGCACCGCAAUCUCCGCCGGCGUGCAGGCCCUCGAGGCGCUCGAGGAUCUCCACGGCAUUGGAUACCUCCAUCGGGACGUGAAGCCCGGAAACUACACCAUCGGCCGCGCCGAGCUGAACGAGUUGCGCAAGGUGUACGUGCUCGACUUCGGUAUGGCCCGCAAAUUCACCAACGACCAGGGCGUCAUCCGCAAGCCGCGCGCCGCCGCCGGUUUCCGCGGAACCGUCCGCUACGCUCCGAUCUCUUGCCACCUGCAGCGCGAGCUGUGCCGGAAGGACGACGUGGAGGUCUGGGUCUACAUGCAGGUCGAGCUCACCACCGGAAAUCUGCCCUGGAAGAACGUGCAGGACAUGAACCAGGUCGGCGAGUACAAGAAACGCUGCCGCACCUCGGCCGUCGGCGAGCUGUUCGCUGGCUGUCCCGACGAGUACCGCCAGAUCAUGGUCCACUGCGACAACCUGAAGUACUACGACUCCCCGGACUACCAGCAGUACUACGCCACCAUGCGCCGCGCCCUCCAGACCACUGGCGCCCAGGAGUUCCCAUACGACUGGGAGAAGGCCCCGGGCGGCUUC